ACUACUCGUCAUGAGGCACUGCUUGACUCGAUGAUGAUAAAUCAAACGCCGGGUGGACUGUCUGGGGAGGGAACUGAAGAGCUUCAGUUGGGAGCCACACUUGCAGAGGUCAUCGACGAAUUGAACAUCGUCAAGCGUCUGCUCGAUCAGCAAUAUGGGAUUCUUCGAGAUGCGCUCGAUCCCUUUCGACACGGAGCACCCUGUCACUUAUACUCUGAGAUGAAGUCGGGCAAAGCCCAGGUUGAAGCGCUGCUUUCCGAUGGGGAGCGAUUGCAUCAGAAGAUACUCCAACUGCUAGACCUCAAGCGACAGGCGGCGAGUCUCAGGGAAGCUCGCGCGGCUACUCAGCAAGGAAGAGCCGUCAUGCUCUUUACAAUCAUUACGACCAUUUUUCUCCCUCUCUCGUUCUUUGUGUCGUACUUCAGCCAAAACGUGUCAGAGCUCACCGGCGACCCUCAAAAUCCAACCUCAGGGCAAGUCUGGAAGAUAGCAGUUUCGUCACAAGCACCGAUAUCUGUGGUGGUCAUCGUGGGCUCACUGGCCGUUGCCUUCUUCAUCAUGUACCCUAACUACGUCAAACCAUGCUUGCGCCGCUUGAAGAUCAGCAAACCCAAUCCAGUGUGA